AUGGUAGCCACUCCACAAAUUUACGGAAUUCGAGAGCUAUACCGUCCGGUUGAUGAUUUAGUUGAAAUUGACAUAGUUGCUGUUCAUGGUCUCAAUGGUCACGCAACGGAGACAUGGACAUCCAAGCCGCAGGGCAUAUGCUGGUUGAGUAAUUCAGCUUUCCUGCCGAAAUAUGUCCCACGCGCCCGUGUUUUAGUAUGGGGCUAUAACGCGAGCAUCUCGUCCUGGAAUGGGGAGGCACCCAGCUCGGACAGGGUUUUACAACACGCACAGACAAUGGUCUCCCAACUUGAAGCUGAUAGGGAUCUUGAAGAUGCAGCUGAAAGACCCAUCAUAUUCUUAUGCCAUUCUCUCGGUGGUAUAAUUGUCAAAGGAGCCUUGGCUUAUGCAGAGAGUCGCCCUAGGCUCACACAUAUCUACUCAAUUUACACCUGUACAUUUGCUAUCCUUUUUUUCGGCACCCCACAUCAUGGAUCUAGCAAAGCCAAUCUUUUUGGUAGUCUGCAAAAGCUCGCAUCCCUUGCGGUGCCAAAGUCUGCCAUGGAGUUUGAAUCGGGACUGGUCAACGCACUUGAAAAAGAAUCCGAGAUACUACAGAAUAUCACCGAUCAAUUUGCCCCUCUGAUGCCGAACUUCCGCAUUUUCUUUUUCUGGGAGCAGGAAAAGACUAAUUUCAAAUACAAAAGAGACUAUAUCGUGGAAGAAACAAGUGCAGCACCAAUGCUCGACAAUACCGAAAGAUGCGGCAUCGGCGCAGAUCAUCAAGGAAUGUGCAAAUUCCACAGUCCAGCUGAUCAAGGGUUUAGAACUACAGUGGCAGCACUAAGGCGCUAUGCUCGAGAUGCACCUAGUGUGAUUCAAAGGAGGUAUCAGAGGUCUGCGAAUGUGCAACGAGAUGAGAAAAUGCUCCAGGCUGCCGAGCUACUGGAACCCAUUCAACCUCAAGUUCCGGGUCCUUGCCGAAACGUUUAUCAUCCUUUUGAAGCUGCGGACAGUUUGUUUCUUGAGAAAGCAAAGGGCCCUCCAUCUAGUGCUCAGCAGAAUUCAAAGCUUAAACAAGGUAUGGCGCUGGAGGGUUAA